GUCUAAAACAGGGCGGAGCGGAACAGAGCAGGUCGGAAGUAGAUACCCAUGCCCCGUCUCACGCUACUGCCGAUUGGGUAAUAUCCGCUCCAUCGCGGGUCAAAUCGAGUAAUACCCGCGGGGCGGGUUGAAAUUGCAAUCACUAUCACUAGUAACAAUUGCUGGGGAAUGAAGAAGACGAAAGGUCCGUCGUAACUGCCAAAAUGAAACCGAAACCCGCGGGAAAGGCUUUCCUCCUCUUUCUCUCUCUCUCUCGCUGAAUAUUUUUCCUCAGUGAUAUGAAAUCGUGGGAAAUUUAGAGAGAGAAAAGAAAAGGGAAAAGUCCUAUAGACCUCGGUCCUUCCUUCCUGCCUCUCUCUCUCUCUCUUCAUUCUCUCUCUCUCUGCCGCCCUGAAUUCCCACCUGAGAUCAACACAAAGCACCUGAAAUCAAACUACCCAAUUCAAAAUUUGAAAACUUUCCGGCGAUCAAUCUCAGAUUCUGUGAUUCCGUUGGUCAAAUUCCGCCACAACCAUUGGCAGAGGGGGAAAACCAGACAGGACAAAAACAGUUUGGUGUUUUUUUUAAGAAUCCUGACGUCAGAAAACGAAAGAAGAAGAGGAGAAGCUUUGAAUUCUCCGUCAAUAUUCUCGGUUUUGGAUUGUUUCUCAGGUUCCCUAUUCCUCAAUCUAUCUUCGAUUUUGUUUGUUUUCCACCAUGGGUUAGAGGUUGGAGAAGGCUUGCUUCUCAUUCAUUUCUGAUCAUCAUCAGGUAAAUAGAGAGGGAAAGGAGGAUUAGAGAGAGAGAAAGAGAGAAGAAGAAGAGGAAGAGGGUGGGCACCUUCAUUCAUGGCGGCUGCUGCUCUGUGCUGAUUCAUAAAGAAGCAGAGCUUUUUGACUUCAGGUAUGGAUGUUGCCAAUUUCCUGUUUCCUUCCUCUGAUUUUUCGAUAUAGCUGAAGAUCAAACAUGGAGAACUACGUUCUUGUUGAUUAGCUUGUGCUUUACGUUUUCCUUCACGGCUUCUGCGAUUCCUGUUCUUCUUCUGCGAUUCUGAUCCCCUGAAGAUUGAUUGCCCCACUCUGUUUUUUGCUAUAAAAAAUGCUUGUAUAAACUUCUUCCUGAAUCCUGAUAUUCCUAUUGCCCAGGCCGUGACGCUCUUUUGAGAAUCCUUGUUGAAAGAACGAUCUCUCUAAACUUUGAAGCAAACCCUCAUUGCUUCUUCGUUUAGAGAGGGCAGACGGAGAGAUAGAUCGACGAAGAAGCACCCAUCGAGCAAAGAAAUGGAGCAGUUCAGGCACGUAGGGGAAGUCCUGGGAAGCUUGAAAGCACUAAUGGUGCUCCAGGACGACAUUCAAAUCAACCCGCGCCAGUGCGUUCUCCUGCACCAGAUGUUCACCUCGGCAUUCGACACGAUCGCCGAGGAGAUCAGGCACAACCUGACCCUGGAAGAGAAGAACACGAAGUGGAAGCCAUUGGAGGAGCCGCUGAGGGAGCUGCACAGGGUGUUCAAAGAAGGAGAGCUCUACAUCCGCCAUUGUAUGGACAACAACAAGGACUGGUGGGGGAAAUCCCUCUCCCUCCACCAAAACAAAGACUCCGUCGAGUUCCACGUCCACAACCUGCUCACCUGCUUCCAUGCUGUCGUCGAGGCCAUCGAGAGCGCGGGAGAGAUCUCUGGACUGGAUGAGGCAGACAUGAAGAGGAAACGAGUGAUGAUGUCGAAAAAAUACGACCGAAGCUGGUACGACCCCAAGCUGUUCCAGUGGAGAUUCGGGAGGCAGUACUUGAUCCCAAAAGAGAUAUGCUGCCAGUUCAAAGCUGCCCUGAGAGAAGACAAGUGGCAUCUCAUCGAGAAGCUGAAGGAGAAGAAAGCUUCCGGCUUGAUUACCAAGAACGAGCAUCGUGUUGCCGAUCUGCUGCUGAAGAAGCUCAAUAGCGUCGAGAAAGUUAACGGAAAGCUCCCACCGAGCUCGAUCUUAUUAGGAGCUGAAGAUUACAAAGUGAGGAGAAGGCUAGGGGAAGGAAGCCAGUACAAGGAGAUCCAAUGGCUAGGGGAAGGAUUUGCAAUGAGACAUUUGCAGCACGAGAUUGAGCCUUUGAGCUCUGAGAUAUAUGAUCUAAUGUCCUUAGCUCAUCCCAACAUAGUCCAGUACUUCUGUGGAUUCUACGACGAGGAUAAAAAGGAAUGCUUUUUAGUAAUGGAGUUGAUGAGCAAGGAUUUGCAUUCUUACAUGAAGGAGAACAGCAGUCCGAGGAAAAGGGUUCUUUUGCCUCUCCCCAUUGUUGUGGAUAUCAUGCUUCAGGUUGCUAGAGGGAUGGAGUACCUCCAUUCGAAGAAGGUCUACCAUGGAGAUCUGAACAUCACCAACAUAUUUCUCAAGCCGAGGAAAGCCACAGAGGGGUAUUUCAUGGUCAAAGUUUCAGGCUUUGGACUCGCGAGAGUGGAAAGCCAACCUCUGAGGCAUGCUUCUGCGACCUCAGAUGCAAUCGAUCCAACCAUCUGGUAUGCGCCAGAGGUGCUAGCGGAACAAGAGGCCACCGCUGCUGCAGCAGGGAACAAUUCAAGGUUGAAUAGCAAGUACACGGAGAAGGCCGAUGUCUAUAGCUUUGGAAUGCUGUGUUUCGGCCUGUUAACAGGGAAGCUUCCAUUCGAGGAUGGGCAUCUCCACGGUGAUCAGAUGAUCAAGAACAUUCGAGCUGGGGAGAGACCGUUGUUCCCAUUUCACACACCGAAAUACCUUGUGAACUUAACAAAGAAGUGCUGGCAUAGAGAUCCAAGCUGCAGGCCGAGCUUCUCCUCGAUUUGUAGGGUUCUUCGAUACGUGAAGAAGUUCCUGGUGAUGAAUCCUAGUGAUGGGCAGCCGGAUAUGCAGAUGCCGCCUGUCGACUACACCGAACUGGAAACUGGGUUUCUGAAGAAGUUCCCUGCCGAACCGACCUGCGAUUCGAGCUCGGUUUCUCAGAUUCCAUUUCAGAUGUUCGCUUACAGGCUAGCAGAGAGGGAGAAGAUGACGUCGUCAUGUGGUGUGAAGUUCAAGUCGACUGAGGCAGGGAAUGAAGAGCCUCUUACCCUUGCAGCAGGUGAGGAUCCAAUUGUGUUGCCAGCAGCGGAUGAACCGAAGAUCGUAAAUUUUGAUGCGAAGUCCGUUUGUGUUGUGAAUCCGGAGAAGAUGACCACGUCAGAUGCGAGGUCAGUGAUAUCGGAGCCGCUGAACAAUGAAACAGUCCCUGCUGCUUCUGCUGCUGCUGCCGUGGCAAGAAAACCAGCCAAUGUUAAGGUGAAGAAAGCUCCAGUGUUUGAUGCAGGUGUUAAACCGAAAGUGAAAACUCCGGUGAGGUCAUCGCCAGUGAGAUCGUCAGCGACGUGGAGUCCAACUGGCCGGAAAUUGAGGAUGAAUGCUGCAAAAGACAGUCCUAAGAGAACAACAAUGAGUUCACAAAAUCCAGGGAAAGGGGUAUUAUGAAGAAAGAUGAUGAAUGCGCAGAGGAUUGAUCAAUAGUGCUACCUUUCUCUGGUUCACCAUUUUUCCAUCCCUCUCCUUGGUUUUUGUUUCUGUAGGAAGAAUAUGAAUGAGUCAAUCAAAUUUGUCAGAAAGGAGAUAGAAGUGCCUCAGUGAGUGUUACCUGACUUUCCCUGUAGCAGUGUAAUUUGAUUUCUUCACGAUAGAAGUGCCUCAGCAAGUGUUACCUGACUUUCUCUGUAGCAGUGUUACCUGGAUUUGAUUCCUUGUCAUUUCAGGAUUUCAGUAAGCUAAUAUGAAGAGCAAAAAAGUUGAGGAAAACAAAAUCUAAAGCCAACA